AUCAGUUAUUAGAUACAUAAAUACAAAAUGAACCGAAGUUCAUUUUGGGACCUUGUUUAAUGUUUUCUGUUUUAGGUCUUUAUUGUUUUCUGUUCAUCAGAGCACUAUAUAUAGAGCUCUGUUUUCAGUUUUGUGUUUUUUUAUGUUCUGUUUUACAAUCAAUGAGAAGUAUAACACUUUGAUACACAGAAAGAAAUGGUAAUCAAGAAAGGAUAUGUUUUACUUACUUGUCUCUUUCUCCUGAUCAUCUUUUUCUCCUGCACCACUUCCAUCUGAGGCCUCCAAGGCUGCCGGACCACCGUGGGAUCGCCACUCUCUGAGACGGAACUCUCUGGAAGCUCUCCGUUCUCUCUCCUGAUUGUGAAGAAGCUCUAGCCACGUCUGCAUUAGCCAUUCAUCUGAUGGCUUUAAUCCUGCCAUGGGCCGCCCAAUAUUGGGCUUCAUCACAGUGCACAUCACUUUGGGCUUCAGUUUAAUAUGGUACCAGAGCAGGUCUUGGACCUGUUCUGCCACUGAUUCCGCUGCACUUUCUUCUUCUUCUUGAUCUUUCUUUGGUUCUUUGAAAUUUUCUUGCUAACUAUGGAAAAACUGGACCAGACCAAUAACCCAGUCAGCCCCUACUACUUACACCCAGGGGAGAACCCAGGCACCUCCCUCAUAUCUCAGGUCUUGAAUGAAACCAACUAUACUUCUUGGAGUAGAAACAUGAGAAGGGCUCUCUUAUCCAAGAACAAACUAAAAUUCAUAGAUGGAGGCAUCACAAGACCCGAAAGAAGUGACAGUUUGUUUGAUUCUUGGGAAAGAAACAACAUGAUGGUGCUAUCUUGGAUCAUUAAAACCCUAUCACCCCAAAUAGCUGAGAGUGUGAUAUACGUGGAGAAUGCACAAGAAUUGUGGGAAGAAUUGAAGGAAAGAUUUUCUAAAGGAGAUCACUUCAAAUUCUCAGAUUUACUCCAAGAAAUUCACUCCAUCAAGCAAGGUGAAAGGAGUGUGACCCAGUAUUUUACAGAUUUGAAAAUCUUGUGGGAAGAACUUGAAUUUCUAAGACCUAUUCCCAUUUGCAGUUGCAAAAUUCCAUGCAAAUGUGAUCUGUCCAGAGCAUCACAGAAAUACAGGGACAUGGAGCAUGUCAUAUGUUUCCUAAAGGGCCUAAGUGAAUGCUAUGAUACUGUUAAAACCCAGAUAUUGCUUAUGGAGCCUCUACCCAACAUUAAUCGUGUGUUUUCCCUCAUCAUACAGCAAGAAAGACAAGGGAAAAAUGAUUCUAAUCAGAAUGACAGCAAGGUUCUUGCUAGUACCACUGAAAAGCAAAAUCAAUGGAAGAACAAUCAAGGUUGGAAGACUUAUGGACGUGGAAAUCCUCCCAGAAAUCAAGGAAGAGGGAGAGGGAGAAACCCCAACUAUGGAAAACAGUGUUCCUACUGUCAUAAGAUGAAUCACACCAUUGAUGAGUGUUACUCCAAGCAUGGAUACCCACCUUGGUACAAAAAGAAUGACAACAGUAGUGAAAACAGCACUGGACAGAGUGAAUGGGGGGCAGCUAAUGUCUGUUCAACAUCUACUGGAGUGCAGACAAGCCAGCAAAAUGUCACUCAAAAUUCUUUCACUCAUGAACAGAUGCAAAAGAUACUGCAAAUGCUGGAGAAAGUUGACACCCCAUCUCACAGCAUCAGUCAAAUCCAGAAAGGCAACACAGAAAAUGCACCAGGACAACUCAACAUUGAAGAUGAUUGGGUAUGCUAGCGUGUGCAAGGGACUCUACCAUUUACAAUCGUUUGGAAGGAAUUUAGCUCCUAGUUUUGCUUUUUCGUAUGAACAUGACAAUGUAAAUAUUUGGCACUUUAGGCUUGGUCAUCCUGGACAUACAACUCUUGAUAAGAUGUGUAAAGUUUUCCCUUAUAUUCAAACUGCUAGUGAUAAUGACACUUGUGAUAUUUGUCACUUUGCCAAACAGCACAAAUUGCCUUUUCCUAA